UUUAGUAAUGACAAAGUUACAACAUCCAGCUGUUGAGGGUCUUGCUGUUGGUUUAGAUCGUGGUCAUCCUGUGACUAAAAAUGUUCGCAAGCCACGUCAAUCUCGUAAAAAAGGACGCAUUACGAAGAAGACUCGAAUUGUUCGUGAAGUUGUUCGCGAGGUUGUUGGUUUUUCACCUUAUGAGCGUCGGACUAUGGAAUUGCUUCGUAUCAGUAAGGACAAGAAGGCUUUGAAGUUUUUGAAGAAGCGAAUUGGGCAACAUGUCCGUGCAAAGAGAAAGCGUGAUGAGAUUCAACGAAUCCUUGUUGAGAUGAGAAAGCACCAUAAAAUGGCUUCUGUUGAAUUGAGCAAAGCAGAUCGUGAAGCUAAAGCCCAGAUAAAAAUUGGAAACUAUAUUUUGAAGGAAACUCUUGGUGUUGGCACUUUUGGAAAAGUUAAAGUUGGAAUUCAUGAAGCGACUGGAUAUAAAGUUGCUGUUAAAAUUCUCAACCGCCAAAAAAUUAUGACUCUUGACGUUGUUGGCAAAAUUCGACGUGAAAUACAAAAUCUUUCGCUGUUUCGCCAUCCUCACAUUAUAAAACUUUAUCAAGUAAUUAGCACUCCUACAGAUAUUUUUAUGGUUAUGGAGUACGUUUCUGGUGGUGAACUUUUUGACUAUAUUGUUAAGCAUGGGAGAAUGUCUGGUGUGGAUUAUUGUCACCGACACAUGGUAGUUCAUCGUGAUUUAAAGCCAGAAAAUUUACUUUUGGAUGAGCGAAAUAAUGUGAAAAUUGCUGAUUUUGGACUUUCUAAUAUAAUGACUGAUGGAGAUUUUUUGAGAACCUCUUGUGGCUCUCCUAACUAUGCGGCACCAGAAGUAAUUAGCGGAAAAUUAUAUGCUGGCCCAGAGGUUGAUGUUUGGUCUUGCGGUGUUAUUUUAUAUGCUCUUCUUUGUGGAACAUUGCCUUUUGACGAUGAACAUGUUCCGACACUUUUUAGGAAAAUUAAAUCUGGUAUCUUCCCAAUCCCCGACUAUUUGGAGAAAACCGUUGUAAAUCUUCUUUUACAUAUGCUACAAGUGGAUCCCAUGAAAAGAGCAACAAUUAAAGAUGCAAUUAAUCAUGAAUGGUUUCGUAUAGAUUUACCUGCUUAUUUAUUCCCGCCAAUUAAUGAAAGUGAAGCUAGCAUUGUAGAUAUUGAUGCUGUUAGUGAAGUUUGUUAUCGUUAUAAUGUUAGCGAAGAUGACGUAACUUCCGCUUUGUUGUCAGAUGACCCUCACCAUCAUUUAAGUAUUGCUUAUAGUCUAAUUGUGGAUAACAAACGGAUUGCUGAUGAAACUGCAAAGUUAUCAGUAGAAGAAUUUUAUAAUAUUCAACCAACUGCUCGUCUCCAUCAAUCUGACCAAUUACCUCAAAGACAUCCUGAACGUAUGCAAAAUGCUGGUAAAAUAACUCCAACACUUGGCCAUACAUCUGAUACUUCUGUCAGCCAACAACAACAGCAACAACCUGUACAAAAAUCGCCUCAUAUGAAAAGAGCAAAAUGGCAUUUGGGUAUUCGUUCACAAAGCCGACCUGAUGAUAUAAUGUAUGAAGUCUUCCGUGCAAUGAAAUUCUUAGAUUUUGAAUGGAAAAUGCUUAAUGCCUAUCACGUUGUUGUUCGACGUCGACCAAAAGAUGAGAAUCAGGAAAUGAUGUUGCCAAAAAUGAGUCUUCAACUUUAUCAAGUAGAUCAACGUAGCUACUUGCUUGACUUUAAAAAUUUGGUUGAUGAUGAAUCUAUCUUUGGUUAUGAUGGAAGUGCUGGCUCUUCACGACAUGCUUCUGUCUCCACACCUGUUCGACCUUCAAUGAGAACUAAUAGAGCUCAGUCGUUGCCUAUGCUUAUCGAAGUUGGUCAGCCGCCUGCCCAAGUACCAAGUCCAAACGAGAUGGCACCAGAGACUCGCCAGUCGCAGACAAUGCAAUUCUUUGAAAUGUGUUCUGCUUUGAUAGGUGCGUUGGCUCGUUAG